AUGAGCAAUGGCACCAGCUUCGUCAAGAGAAGUAAACCGAGAAGCUCGGUUUCGAGGAUAAGUUCGACCUAUGACGAUGAUGAAGAUGCUGGAGCUGGACCAUCGAGUAGCUCCUUCAGGCCGACACCCACGCAAAAGGGCGCUUCCAGCUCAGCGGCUAUCCGAAAGGAACCUAGCAUUGCAACACCCCGCCGCUCAUCUAUAGCGCCAGACGAUGUCGAAGACGAAGACGAUGCGACCACGUCAAGCGUCAUCUUUCGAGUACGAGCCAAGGGAGGAAGUGGAGCCUCGAACUCUUCCUCGCCAGCAGUCACCAGUCGAACCCACGCGGAACGGUCAUCAGCAUCCGCUUCUAAGCAGCGAAAAACAUCCAGUGCGAUGGACGAGCAUGUUGCUGGAGAUGACGAAGAUACAUUCGAGAUUCGCCGGUCCACACCUAGCGUUGCUGGCAAACAGGCCAGAAAGGCGACGCUCGGGAUUCCUUUGUCUGCAACCGGAUCAAGUACACCAAAACGAUCGACACCGCUUAGACCGACCUCUUUCUUAGAGAGACCCUUGGACGCGGCAGAGACGUCCUCUAGCACCCCGUUAAGCUCAUACACAUCCAAAUACAUCGAGGAGUUGCGUUCAUCCACUCCCACGGCACGUUCACGAGCACACAGUCCUGCGGCACUACAACAACCCACGGGACCGGGUACGCGCAUCGACGACCCUAUGGUCACGCAACGUUCGCACACCGCGCUCGAAGGCCCUCCUGACAGUACUCUGGCACGAACCAAGUUCGCUGCCGACUUCGCGCACGCCGGCAUCCCGAGCGAAAGCGUCAUCCGCGCAGCCAAAGAGAAGCGCGCCAAGCUCCGCGCUGCUACCUCUGCUACCGCUACUUCUACCUCAGACGACUUCAUCUCGCUUGAACCCUUCUCCACGUCCUCCGCGGUGGAGCGCUUCGAUGCGAUGGAGGUCGACGACGGUCCGCAUCCACAUUCCCGCCUGCAAAGGGAAGAAGACGAGCUGGGCGAUGGCGAGGACGAAUUUGCCGACUUCACCGGUGCCACUGAACGCAUCCCGAUCGGCGAAAAGGCGGAACAGGAAUGGAAGGAUCGGCAGCGGAGGGAAAUGGAGGCGGCCGUACGAGGCGAUUUCGACCAGGAUGCAGUGGUGCAAGACGAGAUGGACGAGGACGAGGAGGAGUGGGAGCAAGCACAACUGCGGCGUACCCAGACACAUCCUCGUCCAUCCUCCUCGCAUCCUCCGUCGAGAGAGGCGUCGCCUUUCCGACCGGCGCCAAUCCCAGCUUCCGCACCGCUGCCGUCCGUCGGCACAUGCUCGACGCGGCUUGAACUAACACUGCGCGCGCUCAAACAGAGUACAGCUGCCUCCACCGCAGUUCUGACGUCUACAGCCAAAGAGCUGGAAACGCUGGAUGCUGCGGAAAGGGAGAACAAGAUGGAUGUGGCGGCGGUCGAGGACAAAGCGAGCUGGUUCAACGAGCUCGACGAAUUUGUUGCCAGCUUGGCGCGGUUUAUGGAGGAGAAGAUGACUAAGGUCGAAGAGGUUGAAAAGCAGGCUCUGGAUCUGUUGGUCAAGCGGAACAGUAUGCUGGGCAAGAGGAGCCGAAGGUGGAUAGAUGGGAGGUUAAAUGCCUGCCUGGGCAUUCGGCCGACGCCCAGUGCUGUGCUUGAUUUUGGCGAAGAGGACGCGGAACAAGAGAUGAUUGUUGCUGAGGACAAUGCUGAGGCGCAACUCGUCGACGUGUUGCAAUUCGACGAUCUCGAAGCGGCCGACGAGCUGUCGUUCAGCCUCGCCCAGGAAGAAAUUGUCCAAAGGCUCGCAGCGAUCUUUGCCGACGUCCAAGCGCCAGAGUAUCUCAAUCCUGCUGCCACCACUACCACAAGCAACGAUGCAGGACUCGCAUUCCUCUCUACCACGAGUGGUCACCUUGCAGACGGCGACCUGCAUCCACGGAGCAUCGUCUCGCGCUUCCUAGAGUGGCGACGUCGCUACCCUGACGAGUACUCCCAGGUUUGGGGCGGGCUUUCCGUCGCCCAGAUCUGGGAGUUUUACGCUCGACUCGAGCUCAUCCCCUGGUCGCCCUUCCAUCGAUCCAACGGUCCGUGGCGAGGGGGACCCAGCGCCAUUGCGCAUUUUGGCUGGUUCACCGGUGCUUCGGACUACUCGUCUCGCGCUGACGCUGCUCCAGCGGCCGGGGGGGAUGACGAAGUGCUCGCUUCGCUCGUCGCCAACGUUCUCGUUUCGCGGCUUGUUGAGGUUGCGAGUAAAGGCGGGUUCUCGCCGUGGUCAAGUCGGCAGACGGCGGAGGCGGUGGACGCGGUGGAUCUGGUACAGACCGUGCUGGGGGAGGAGCACGCGAGGUGUGUGAGUCUGGUCGAUACGUUUCUCGACGUGUUUCGGGCUCAGAUUGCGAGGUUGCGAGCGGCGAUCCAGUCGCCGAUGACACAAGUACAGACGACCGGUGCGGAGGCAGAGACAGCGAGACAGGAGGUUGUGGGCCAUUUGGUGCAGGGACUGUUGGGGAACUUGAUCCGCUGGCCUCGCGUUCUCCGUCUUUCAACGGUUGAAGGUGGGCCCAUGGCGGUGUUGAGUAAGACGUUCGUAGGACUGGUGGACAGUCUUGUGGUGGAAGUCAUUGAGCCUUUGGUGGCAGAUUCAGCGCGGGCGUCGCUGCGACAGGUGUUCGAGGUCGUACCGGCGAGCAUUGUGGCGAGGUCGGAAAAGCUGACUCUGCUUUCACAACGGCCGUAG